GAGGAGCUGAGAUAUACAGACAAUCACCAACUGAGUUGAAAUUAAGAAUCAGUACAAUGAAGAUCAUCCUGCUUUUUGCCCUGUUCGGUCUGAGCUUCUGUCAAGAUACUGACUGUCAAAAAAUAAAUUCUAAUGCAGACGACCCUAAUUGUCUGGCACAAGCACUAACGGAGUUUGGAUUUUUUUUUCCCGCUGCUGCAAACUUCCUCUGUGCAUACAAUAAAUUUCAGGAGGAUCAAAACACAGAGAAUUACAACGCUGCAGCCAACAUAUUCAUCAAGGCACUGAACUGUACAGGCUGCCAUGUUGAUAAAAUUCUUGGUACUGGUAAUAGUAUUCAAAACAUUUUGGUGCCAACUGGAGAAAGCGCAAAAGAGGCCCUUGAAGCUGUUAUAGAGGUUAAGAAACUACUGCAAAUAGACGAAUUGGUGGCAAAGAUUAUUUGCUUAGCGGCAGAUGGCUUUUUAAAUUCACUGUGCCUGCAGAAAGCCCUUGUGAAUAUUGCUCCGGACAUAUUACUUAAUCUGAAAAAGCUUUAUUGUAAGUUAAAUAACCCAGAUGAUGCUGCUGCCGCUGCCGCUGCCGCUGCUGGAGUAUCAGAAUUAUUGGGACAACUUGGAUGUGCCUUGGAAAAGCAGCUUGGAUUUAAAGAGGGAGAACUGGAAAAAGCACUAAGAACACUCAGUCGGGAAGUUCUACAGGGAUUGGUUGAGAAACUUCUCCUUCUUACUGGGAAAGUCAAUGCGGUUAGCGAUAUAGCAUGUCUUGUGAUCAACCCUUUGCCCCCUGUGCCCGGCGUGCCCGGCGUGCCCGGCCUGCCCGGUAAAUAAAUUAAGGCUGGAAACUACUUACAGCAUUAAUAUGCGUGUGGUGCAUUUUGGACUUCAAACGUAGCAAAUAGGACAGCAUGAAUAAAAAAAUACAAAAAAUAAAUAAAUAAAAUCAAUAAUUUUUUUCUGA